AUGACCCUCCUCAAUGACGAAUUCCUCGGCGAACUGGCUACCCUAGCAGCGCCGUAUCCUCGAUACAAAUGGUAUCUGUCGGCUCUUGUGGCCCUUGGUGCCAUGAACUACCCCGAAGAAAUCCCUGCUCUGUAUGAACGACUGCUCGCAUCCUACAUUCCCAAGGAUGAACAGUUUUCAGAAACUCGGAAGAUUCGCGAAGCCUUUACGAAGUUGUGCGGUAUUCAAGGCGCUGCAAAAACAGGGUCGGCCUUAAGGCAACUUUAUAAAGCCACGCCUAAGGAGCUUCUCGAUCCGGUGAUUUAUCGAAAAGAAGAUACCGACGAAGUCGCAUUUGCUCGGGGAGAAGCGUUCCAUAAAAGAAUAUAUGCUCAAAAUCCAACUUAUGACGACAAUGCAAACAAUUUGGCUGCGCCGGACUAUCACUUUUUAGUGAGAAACUACUUUUACGGCCGCAUAUUUUCUUUCGAUAAGAUCCUGGAUGACCUGGAAACAUCGCAGUGUAUUGUUUCUUGUUUGGUUGGCAUUGAUUGCAUGCAGCAACUGGGGAAUCAAAUGAAAGGCAUGCAAUAUAAUGGAGCUCGCAAGGAAGAAGUCAACAUGAUACGUGAAAUUGUCAUCAGAGUCGCGAAGAAGUUGGACGUUAGAUUCAAGCCGGGAAAUCCGAUACCGGUUCCGGACAUUCAAUAA